AUGGAUCAUGUUCCUGUCGAAGUAAUCGGCAACAUACUCUCCCGUCUCGGAGCUGCCAGAGACGUCGUAAUUGCUUCCACGACAUGUAAAAAAUGGCGAGAAGCUUGUCACCGGCAUCUUCAUAUGCUCUCCUUCAACUCCGACGACUGGCCUGUUUUCCGUGAUCUCACAACCAGUAGACUCGAAAUACUAAUCACCCAAACCAUCUUCCAAACCAAAGGAUUACAAGGUCUCUCCAUUUUAAUGGACGACGUCGACGAAUUUUCAGCUUCUGCCGUCAUCGGAUGGCUGAUGUAUACCAGAGAAACCUUGCGUUGCCUCUUUUACAACGUCCGUACAACUCCAAAUGUAAACAUUCUCGACAUUUGUGGUCGACAAAAGCUCGAACUAUUAGCUCUAGCUCAUAAUUCAAUCACUGGGGUUGAACCAAAUUACCAAAGAUUCCUUUUUCUGAAAUCCCUUUCUCUAAGUUACGUCAGUAUUUCAUCAUUAGAUCUGAAUCUACUCCUCACAGCUUGCCCCAAGAUCGAGUUUUUAGGGCUCAUAAAUCCAGAAAUCGCCAUCACCGAUGCUCAAGUAACAGUCGAAUUGACGAGUCAGACAUUGAAGAAAGUUUACGUGAAAGCCAUAAGCUUAGACAAAUUCAGUCUAGAAGCCGACAACCUGGAGAAAAUACACCUCGAAGAUUGCGCAUUUGAGCUUUUUGAGCUUUCUGGAAAGGGAACUUUAAAGCAAUUCAAAAUGCACGAUGUAAGUAUCCUCCAUCUCGACAUUUUCGACCCUGUAGACGACCUUGAAGUAGUCGACGUCAGCAAUUUCACAGUAAUUUGGUCAAAAUUCUACCAAAUAAUCUCAAAAUGUUCAAAAUUGAAAACCCUUCGUCUCUGGAACGUGGUAUUUGAUGAUGAAGUUGAGUUUGUUGAUUUGGAGUCGAUUGCUGUGUGUUUUCCGGAUUUGAGGUAUCUUGCAUUGAGUUAUGAUUUGAGAGAUGAUUUGAAAGAAGGUGUUCUUCAUUAUAGUUUGCAGGGUGAAUCUGAAUUUGAGAAUGUGAGUGUUUUGGAUCUUGGAUGGAUGAUUCUUGAUGAACAUUUUGUGGAUUGGGUCGAGUGUUUGCUUAGAAGAUGUGGGAGAUUGAAGAAGUUGAUUAUUCAUGGAGUUGUUUCAGAGUCUAAAACACAUGUAGAGUGUCAUAUGUUGGCGAGUUUUACUUCUUCCAUUGUUCAACUUAUGAGAAAAUACAUUCAUGUUGAUGUUCAGUUUGUAUAUGAAUAA